GCUUCAUGGGAAGGAACAACAUGUCGGUGAACACAAGCGGUACUCUGCUUGCUAGUUUAUUUUACGAGCAAUUUAAAUGUCUCGGGCACCAGGAAGGUUUCUUGUUGGGAGAGGUGAAUAGCUGCUUCACAGACACGCCACAAGAUGGUGACUGUAACAUACGUAAGGAGGAGAAGAUAAUCAAUGUUCAGUCAUUUCUUCCAUGUCAGAGAAUAGGUAGCUUCUACGAUGCUAGAGGACACAUCCUCAAGAAUGAGCUGGGAACACUGCUAAAAGACUGCUUCAAGAGCGUUGUUGGCUGGUACAGGUUUCGCAGGAACUCUUCGAUGUGUGUGUCGCUGCGGGAACGCGUCAUCCACGCCGAUUUGCUCGACCUUCUGCCAGACGUGCAGCCGAAGACGUUCGUCUAUGCGCUGCUCACUGCCUCCACGUCGUCCAAUCACGCCACCCACUCCGCCGAUAACAGCUUCAUGAUUUAUAACGGAAGGUCUUUCAGUAAUUUACCAGUAAAGGUUACAAAUCUCGGUGACACCUGCCACUCGGACUACGUCACGAAGAGCAGCAAUCCUUUGAACGUCAAGAACAGCAUAUACAACCAAAUCGUAGAGUCUGCCUGUCGUCGUAAUGUAUUGGAAACAGAUGAGGCCGCGGCACUACCUGGUGUUCAUGCUGUUAGGGACAUAAACACAUCAUUGCUCUCACAAUUAGAGUUUCUGUCAAGGGAAGUUAUAGAACGUGAGGCUAGCAUAGGAAUGCUGCAUGGACAGAUCACUGAGCUUGAGCACAAGAUUAGUGAGCGAGAACAUGAACGGGCUGGGUUGUUACCGCCAGCAAGCCCUUCGAUGGUUGUUCCUGAAAUAGACAUGCUCAUUGACCUGAGUGAUGAGGCAAGCUUCUGGGAGGCUCCACCCCCUAGCGAAAGUGCAUCCGUGAUCAGCAGUAGCAACCAGCAGGACUUGAUGACACUUGAUAAUCCGCUCACAAUGGUGACGGAUGCGAGCGACGUGCCAAAGACGGAGUCACUAGUGCCGACGCGCGCCUCCACCCGGGUGUUAUCCACGCAAGACUGCACCGAAAGGACGCGCACCGAUCCAUUCCUGCAUCUCUCCGACAUUGCCAAGACCCGAGUAGAAGACAUUCCGAGCAAACCGAUAGGUGCUGACCAGCCGCAAAGUCGCCAAAAGUUUGGUGACGCCGCAAGGAGGACAGACAGAGCUGGCGCGAUGACGAGCGUGAACAAGGACAGCCAUCAGCAAGCCAAAGCAGUGGCAGACAACAGCUGCGGUGCUUCAUCCCCUACUUUCUGAGCUGAUGCGCUGUUGCACUUGUGGAACUGUGUAUAGGCGUAUUUUAUGAUUGCCAGAUGCUUUGCCUCGGAUCAAGAUUGCAGCCCUUUGGAUGGCUUAUAGUAGGAACUGCACACCACUAGAUGCACGUAAUUAAUCAGUAUUCGUGUAAAUACUAAUACCCUUACUCCUAGUUGCUGUGAUUCACGCAGGAGCACAAGACAGCAGGAAUGAAAGCGUGUAAGUUCAAUGUGUAUGCUACAGCUUUCCACACAGUCAGAUACAAUACAGUACAUAGUCACGAUUGCCUUGCACGUACUCACACUAUUUGAAGGAACGUUGUUUAAAUCAUAAUGUGUAAUGGUCACGUCCAACCAUUGGAUCUCUAAGAUUUGCCGGCAGUAGUCUGCGUACUCCAUUAGUUCCGUGAUACUGAAGUUUGUUGCACAUUCGUGGAAGCUGGAAGGGUCAUGCAGUUUCCAUCUUAGUAUGAAGUAAAAGCUUUGGCAAUCGAGCCAUGUUGUGGCAGUGUAUGGGUAAACAUAUUUUAUUAUAUAUCAUACAUGUCAUAUGUGUGACAGUUUAUAUGGAGUGCGAGUUAAUUUGGAUCAACGUGUACAUAUUUAUUGUGAGCUAUAAACGCACAUCAGACUAGACUGGCAGUGUCAAUACUGUUAGGUAUAGAGUGCUAGAUUGUAUAUGGUCAAGAGCCCAUUAACCCCAGAGAGUACAACGCUGAAAUAGGAAAACCAUGGUGUCGUUUCAGCAAAAUUAAUAAA